CGUGGCCCUGCCGCGCAUGCUCGCGAGGAGCCCGCGAGUGCGCUCCUAGAGACUGGCUCUCCGGCGGGGCGGCGCGCGCUCCCUACGGCCAGCGGGGCGGAGCGCGCGACACGGGGCUCGCUCCCGAGAGGGCAGGUGGGGGCGGGGGUGGACACCCGGGUUGCGGUGGCCGGAGGGGCCUGGGCCGCGAGGUCGACGCCUGUGGCUGCAGCGGCCCGAGGCCAGAGGACCCGCCGCGCGGCUCGGUCUCCGGAGAGGGAGGGCCCCGCUGUUGUCACCGCCCGGCCGGUGCCCGGUGAAAUUAGUCCAGAGAAGUGAUGGGAUUUGCCCCUGGUCUCCCACCCAGCAAGCCAGCGCUGACGAUGGCUGUUGGCGGACCGUGAAGAUGGUUCUCACUUGUCUAUGAAGGACAGAGCCCCUGGACUGCCAGGUUCCUUGCAGGGAGGUGGAGGACAAAUCCUACUGAGACCUGAGCGUGGCCUGGGGGCCCGGCUGCCUGUCCCAGAAUGCCCCUGCCCGAGCCCAGCGAGCAGGAGGGCGAGAGUGUGAAGGCCGGCCAGGAGCCCUCCCCUGAGCCCCCUGAGCCGGGCACAGAUGUCGUCCUUGAAGCCCCCACGAAGCCCAUGGAGUUCUCUGAACUGGUCCUCCUGGCGGCCUCCACUGAGAGUGGGGAUGGAGUGGACACCCAGCCCGAAGAAGUGCACUGUGUCCUUACCCUGGAGAUGGCUGACCCUGACACCCUGGCCGGGACGCCCCAGAUCCUGCCAGUAGAGGGACAGUGCGGGGUGGUCCAGCCAAGGCCCCAGACCCAGCCACUGAAACCCAGCAAGCCAAACAUUGUCACCCAGCCCCUGGAGUUCCUGAGGACCCCGUUUGGGGGCCGCCUGCUGGUGCUGGAGUCCUUCCUGUACAAGCAGGAGAAGGCCGUGGGGGACAAGGUGUACUGGAAGUGCCGUGAGCACACUGAGCUGGGCUGUCGGGGCCGGGCCAUCACCCGCGGCUCGCGGGCCACAGUCAUGCGGGGCCACUGCCACCCACCCGACGAGGAGGGCCUGGCGGCCCGGCGCCAGAGACAGAAGCAGCCCGGCCCAGCCCUACCCGAGGGCGUGGCGGGUUCCCAGGGCCCCAGCAGCCUGGUGGAGGAGCCCCUGGAGGGGGCGGGCCCGUGGCUGUGCCCCGUGGAGCCAGAUCCGACCCCAGGCCCGAUGCUGAGCUACCUGGUCCCCGAGGAGGACGAGGGGCUCCGAGCCCUGGCGCUGCUGAGAUUGCCCCCGAAGAAACGCUCGACGCUGGGGAGCAGAGGGCCCCCGCCUCUGGAGUUCCUGCGGACCUGCUAUGGGGGCAGCUUCCUGGUGCACCAGUCCUUCCUGUACAAGCGGGAGAAAGCCGUGGGGGACAAGGUGUACUGGACGUGCCGUGACCACACGCAGCACGGCUGCCGCAGCCGUGCCAUCACCCAGGGCCGGCGGGUGACAGUGAUGCGGGGCCAUUGCCACGCGCCCGACCUGGAAGGCCUGAAGGCCCGGCGGCAGCAGGAGCGGGCCAUGGCGGCACUGCGGGCCCAGCCGGGUGGCCCCGGGGGCCCAGAGGACAAGCCGCUCCAAGGCGUGGACAGCCUGCUCUACCGCAGAGGGCCCGGGCCCCUGACUCUCACCAGGCCCCGGCCCAGGAAGCGCCUGAUGGCCAACGACGAGGAGCUCCCGGCUGAGCCCCAGGGCGAGGAGGACAAGGACGAGGACCCGGGAGGCCCCGAGUUCCUGAGGACCCCUCUGGGGGGCAGCUUCCUGGUGUAUGAGUCCUUCCUCUACCGGCGGGAGAAGGCGGCCGGGGAGAAGGUGUACUGGACGUGCCGGGACCAGGCCCGCAUGGGCUGCCGCAGCCGAGCCAUCACCCAGGGCCGGCAGGUGACGGUGAUGCGAGGGCACUGCCACCCGCCUGACCUGGGGGGCCUGGAGGCGCUGCGGCAGCGGGAGAAACGCCCCGGCACAGCCCAGCGAGGAAGCACAGGAGGUCCCGAGUUCCUGAGGACCCCUCUGGGGGGCAGCUUCCUGGUGUAUGAGUCCUUCCUCUACCGGCGGGAGAAGGCGGCCGGGGAGAAGGUGUACUGGACGUGCCGGGACCAGGCCCGCAUGGGCUGCCGCAGCCGUGCCAUCACCCAGGGCCCGCGGGUCAUGGUGAUGCGCAGACACUGCCACCCGCCUGACCUGGGGGGUCUGGAGGCUCUGCGGCAGCGGGAGCAGCUCCCCAGCCCGGCUCAGAGGGAAGGCUCAGGUUCGGAAACCCCCCAGCCCCUGGAGUUCCUGAGGACUUCCCUCGGAGGCCGGUUCCUGGUGUACGAGUCCUUCCUCUACAGGAAGGAGAAGGCGGCUGGGGAGAAGGUGUACUGGAUGUGCCGGGACCAGGCCCGUAAAGGCUGCCGCAGCCGCGCCAUCACCCAGGGCCCGCGGGUGACGGUGAUGCGAGGGCACUGCCACCCACCUGACCUGGCGGGCCUGGAGGCGCUGCGGCAGCGGGAGCAGCUCCCCAGCCUGGCCCAGCAGGAGGACCCAGAAAAGGAAGGUGGAAAGUACACAGCCCAACAGCGAGUCCCAGUGAGGCCAGCCUCCCGCCUGACAGCAAAGGAACCAACCCAACGCAUCACCAGUGUCAAGGAUGCUCCAGGUCCUCGCAGGACCCUGGCACUUCCCACCCAGUUAGAUUUUGCUCGACAAAGCCUCUCUAUCAUUCUCCAAAGCAUCCACGGGUUUCGCAUUUACUCCAGAGGCCUCCCAGGAAGAACGCUUGAUGGUGUCUCCCUGCUGGCAGAGAAGAGCCCCGGGAGCUGGUGGCCUGCAGCAGUGCGUGAUGUGGGGUGACGUGGCGGGCGGUGGGACCCCCACGGGGGCCUCAAAAAGCUCAGAGAAAGGAAGCACCAUUCACAAAGAUAUCCACCCCGCCCCAGCCUGCCGAGCCGCAAACACCCAGCCGUCCUGAGAGCCCACAGCUUUGCCAAGGACUUUCCUGUUGGGUGUGGUCCCACUUGGGCUCCAUAAAGUAGAAAGUCAUCGUGGUGGCCACGUCAAGAUGAAGGUGGGCGAGUUUGGGGAAGUCCCUGCCUCUUUGGGCUGAGCUGCCCCAUGUGGUGUUUGCCAGGCAGGUGCUGGGCGGGCCUCCGUGCUCCUUGGGCACCUACUGCCAGGGUAUGGCCGUCCCAUAGCAGAGCAGGCAGAAACCAGGGGACUUUUACACCAUCUGUUGGAGUUUCCUUUGCUCUUCUCCAACUUAAAUCAAGCGCGAUGUCAACGAUGCCCAGGGCAGGUGGUGUUGGGCCGUGGGAGCCCACGCUGGGCAGAUUGCCCCGGGUCGCCCAGAUUUGCCUGAUGCCGGAGGAGAGGGAGACCCAGAUGACAGAGGGGCAGAGGCAUCCCCUUCUCCUGUCUUCUGGUACAGCUGGGAGCAACAGGCCGAUGGCCCCCACCAACCCAAGGCUGCAGCUUGCUAAAGGGGCCGUGUCCCCACCAGCGGCCCCUUGCCCCCACCCUGUGGUGGCUGGGGGCUCCCCCUCUCCCGCCUAGCUGGCCGUGCGGCCUGCCAUCUGGCUGCGGGGCAGUGACAGCUUGGAUGCCCCCCGCUGUCCCCCUGCCUCCAUACUUCCCGCAAUAAACCCGAUUUUAUACCUCGC